AUGAGCGACGAGGGCAGUGAGACGCCGUCGAAUCCUCCACGCGCAUCGCGCUUCAGGGAACACACAAAUACAAGCAACAGCAUACGACCGCCGCCUGAUGAGCUCUGGAAGGAUAUCGCCAUUGACAACCUAAUCGACAAGUUCAACGAGGAGAAUGCAGCUCCGCCUCCAACAUCGCGGAAAAGCAGUAGAGAAAAUUCGGCGCCAGAAUUGCGAGCGUGA